UAGAUGAAAGAUGAUGAAAGCAGCAAUCCUGGUGGGAGACAGGUGUUCUAAACACGGCAGCCAAAACAUGCCAAAGCCAACAGCCCUUCAACGCAAUUGAUGUGGAUCUGGGACCAACACAGGUCGCCAUGACCAUCUACAGCGUGAACUCUCCAAAGUUCCAGGCCUUUCUCAAAAAGAAGGCCUAUGUCACGAGCAAGGCGCAAGACACUGGUUUGGGCUUGAAGAUGCCAGAGACCAUUGAACCUCCAGGUAUGGUUCCCUUGGCAAAGGCUGCCUGGGACGGUGAGCUCACCACCUGUCGUACCUUGCUCUCGGCAGAUCCUUCCGAUCUCAGCGCCCGCGACGCGGCUGGACGCUCCGUCCUGACUCUGGCGGCACUGAAUGGGAGGCGAGAAGUGCUUCAGUUUCUGCUGGAACAGAGAGCCGAUAUCGAGGCCACCGACCGUGGCAGCUUAACAGCGUUGCUGUGGGCCUCCAAGGAGGGCAAGGCUGAUGAGGUGCGAGACCUCCUGGCUGCCAAAGCGAACCUGAACGCUGCGGACGAGGAUGGAAUGACUGCUUUGAAGCUGGCAGCCAUCUUCAAUCGCCUUGAGGUGGCGCGUCUGCUGGUGGAUCGGGGCGCCGACGCCCAAGCAGCCUUGAGCCUGGCGCAGAAGUUCCCGCGCUCCGCGGAGACCGCCAAGUUCCUGAAGUCGGUGAGCUGAUUAGGGUGCGAAAAACGAUUCCGAAGUGCGAGGAAAGUCGACGGACCUGAGUUGUUUUGCCUUGCAAGGGAGUCUUGGGG